AAAAAAUUGUAACAGUUUAAUAGAAUUAAAAAAUGUUUUUUAAAUAUUAAAAAACAUACAAAAAAAUUACCAAAAAGAUGUUCAUGUAUAAAUUUCUGUCUUAAACUGUUUCUUCAUUUCCGAUUAUUAAGAUGGAAUUUUCCAAAGUAGCAGACUCAUGUUUUACAUGGACAAUAAAUGAUUUUGAAAAAUCUUGCACUGAUUCGUUAAAAAAGAAAAAUCUUUGUUCAUCAAGUUUUACAACUUCAAUAGAACCAAGUAGACAGUGGAAUUUAGUUCUUUCUUUAACGGAAAAAUUUGGCGAACAUUGUGAACGUUGUAAAUUAAUAAGACCAAAAAAAUAUCCACCCGAGCCUUGUAAUGUAAAACUCGACAGAAAAAUUAUCAAUUUAGAAUUGAUUUGCGACAAAAUUAUUGAAAAUCCAGCAGAUAUAAAAGUUAAUAUUUCAAUAAUAAAAAAUCUUGAAAAAAUUUACACCAGAAGUUUUAUAACAUCUGGAGAUGAGACAAAUUUUGGUUUCAAUAAUUUCAUUGAUUUUGAUGAAUUAAUGAAAAUAAUUAAUGACAGUCAAUUAGAAAUAUUUGUUGAAAUGUUUUUAAAAGCUGACGAGAAAAAUAGCGAUUUUAAAGUGUUUAUGAAUUCCAAAUUUUUGAGUGAUAUUCAAAUUUUAAUACAAGAUCAAAAGUUCUACGCUCACAAGGUAAUGUUAGCAGCAAAAAGUCCAUAUUUCAACGAUUUAUUUGAAAAAGAUAAAGAAAUGAAGAAAGUAAAUAGUCUUGAUUGUAUAAAACCAGACGCCUUUAUUGAAAUUUUAAAUUACAUUUAUUCUGAUAAUAUUGAAAAUUGGUCGUUGUCUUGCGAUAUUUUAUUGGGGGCAAAUCUUUUAAAAAUUGAUAAUCUUAAAUCAGAAUGUGAGGAAUAUUUAAGAAACAAUAUAACAAUGGAAUGCGUAAGUCCAGUUUUGAUGUUGGCUGUUGCGUGUGAUACAAAAUUUUUAUUGAAACACUGUCUUUAUUAUAUUAUGAAAAAUGUGAAUAAUCUUGCUAAAUCGGAUAAUUUUCAAUGUUUAAAAACUGAACCACUUAUAAUAUUGAAUAUUCUCAAACAAUUAUUUCAACACACAGCUAAUGGAGAUUUAUCAAUUACUGAUAAUAUAAGACUCUCAUUUAAAAAUAGUGAAUCACAAAUUAAUUGUCAAAUGUUAAAAGAUUAUGAACCAUUUUUAUAUAGCGAUAUUUUAAGUGAUAUUAUAAUUAAAGUUGAGGAAAAAAUUUUUCAAUGUCAUAAAUUGGUUCUUGCUGCAAAAAGUUCAGUAUUACGUAGAAUGCUAAUGUGUAAUAUGAAAGAGGCUAUUGAUAAUUUUAUUCAAAUUAAAGAUAUGAAAGCUCAAGUAUUUCAAGAAGUACUCAGAUACAUGUACACUGGAAGAGUGGAAAAACUACAAGAUUAUGCACUCGAUAUUUUAAAAGCUGCUGAUCAAUAUGAUUUAGAACAUUUAAAAAAAUUGUGCCAAGAAUUUUUGGUUGACCAUUUAACGCAAGAUAAUGUCGUUGACAUUGUGAAAAUUGCAAACACAUAUAAUGCAUCGUUCCUAAGAAAGGGUUGCAUUUAUUUUAUUGUAAAGCAAAUGAUUUUUUAUUCAAAAAUGGAUCGAGAGCCGAACAAAAUUAUUUUGGAUAGUCUUACUGAGAAUCAUUCUAAUAUUCUUUUUGAAAUUCUUCAAGUCUUAACCAAAAAUUGUCACAUUUAUCACUAUUAAAAUGAAUGUUUGCUGCAUUAAAAAAAAAAAUUUUUGCAAUCCGUGAAAAAUUGUUAUUACAAAAAGCACACUAGAAAUAUUUUUCAAUACAUGAAUGACUAGAACUGUUUGCGAACUUUUUUGAAUCAUUUCUCGCUUGUCUUUGCGCAUUUCACUACCUAUAUUUUUUAGUCCUAACUCUCAACAAAUGGAAUUUUCAAAAGUAGCCGAUACAUGUUUCACAUGGACAAUAAAUGAUUUUGGAGAAUUAAAUAUUGAUUCUUUGCCAGAAAAAAAUUUUACUUCGACAAAUUUCACAACAUUAAAGGAUCCAAAUAGAAAUUGGCAAUUACUUCUCUCUAUAAAUAAAUUAAAUCAAAUUUUUCGUUCAAUAUCAAAAUGUGAUAAUUCUAAUUGUUUAAAAAAAACAUUAACCAAAAAGAUUAUUAAUUUGAAAAUUUUUUGCAAUGAAACUACCACUAAUCCAGAGGAUAUGAAAGUUGAUAUUUCAAUGAAAAACAAUUUUGAAAAAUUAACUAGAAGUUUCAUUAUUUCGGGAAACGAAAAGGAAUUCUUUUAUGAAAAUGUUAUCGAUUGUGAGACAAUGUUAAAAAUGAUUCAAGACGGGAAACUAGAAAUAUUUGUUGAAAUGUUUUUUCGAAUUGAGAAGAAAAUAAAAUUUUUCGAAAUAAUCAGAAAUUCCGAAUUUUUGAGUGAUAUACAAAUUUUAAUAAUGGGUCGAAAAUUUUAUGCGCACAAGGCUAUUUUAGCUUCGAGAUGUCCAUUCUUCUAUCAAUUAUUUCAACAAGAGAAAGAAAUUAACGAAUUUAAGAAUCUUGAAAUAAUGCCAAAAAUCUUUACGGAAAUUUUAAAGUACAUUUACUCCGACUAUUUGGAAA